GCCUGUUAUGCCCUCAAAUCCAAGCAACCAAAAUAUCCCGCCCUCAAAUGGCUUCCGGUUGUCAUUUCUUCACGAUUCCCAUCCCCCCUCUUCCUCCAAAUCGCCGCUGUCUUCGUGCUUCUCAGAGUCCUUCGCUGCCUGCGUCCGCUUUCUCCUUGGCCGCUCCUUCUCUUCCAAAAACCCUAUCUGAGAUCCAAAAGAGAUGCGUUAUAGCGUGCCUUCGAGCCAAAGAUGGAAUGUUGGCAAUGGAAGCUGCUCGUGCUGCUCUUAAAGGAGGAAUAGCAUUGCUUGAAGUUAUGAUGUCCACUCCAGAUGCAUCAAUGGUGAUACAAGGGCUUCUGCAGGAAAAUCCCUUCUUAAUAAUAGGGGCCGGGGCUGUCUUAAAUGUUGAUGAUGCAAGAGAAGCAAUUAAUGCUGGUGCCAAGUUUCUUAUGAGUCCUUGCACUGUCCUGGAAAUCUUACAUGAAGUUGAUGGCACUGGAAUUCUCUAUAUACCAGGAGUAAUGACGCCUACCGAAGUGUUAUGUGCAUAUGAAACUGGUGCAAAGCUUGUAAAGGUAUAUCCAGCAACAAUUUUAGGUGGUAGCAAAUAUAUAUCUGCAUUAAAGAGACCGUUUCCUAAUAUUCCGAUGGUUGCUUCCCAGGGCAUCUCGAUUGUUGGCCUCUGCAGCCUCAAGAUCCAUGGAGUCUUCAUCCUCCACCAGCCCACAUCUCAAUCACUCAACAGAAUCAAGGAAACCCACAUACCUCCCCCUCUCAAAUUCUUGAUGCAACAUAUAAAAGACUCAAUAAAGCAAUAUAUAGAUGCCGGGACGUCCGCAGUGGUAUUGUCAGAUGCUAUAUUUGAUAAAAAUGCAAUGAAGCAAAAGGAUUUCGAUACUAUAUGCAGACUUGCAGCUUUGGCCGUCUCAAAAGUUCCCCAAGCUGAAAUUUAGUGUAUCAACCCUCAAAAAUUGAAUCAGGUGAUCUUCCAAAAGAAAGGGAUGGGCCAGACAUUGGGGACUGGAACGUGGCAUAGUGUACUCUGGUACUUAGAUCGAGAGGGGAUGAACUAAGCUCUGAUAUCCAUGGUGGAAAGUGCUGGAGUAGAAGAAUCUGAGAGAAACGUCAAAGAUGCGUUACUGCUACAUCACAAACAUAUGUGACAUUUUAGUCUUAGUUUACUUAGUCGGUUGUAUCCAUCUAUAUAUGAAAAGAUAAAUAAGGAGAAACUUGUGUGAUGCUUGUGAGUUUGGCAAGCUCACUAGGAGCUCUAGUGUGUUUGAUUUAAUAUAUUUUGAUGUAUGGGGAUCUUAUCCUACUAGUUUUAUGAAUAGUUAUCGGUAUUUUAUUACGUUUAUUGAUUGUUUUUCUUGUAUUAUCUUCAUAUACUUGAUGAAACAGAAGAGGGAGAUGGUUGCUUCCUUUAAAAAUUUCACAAGGAAAUCUAGACCCAAUAUGGUGCAGUUGUGAGGCAUUGAGAUUUGAUAAUGAGACAUAAUAUAUCAACAAAAUAUUUAGGAACUAUCUGUCAAUUCAAGGAAUACAACACCAAAUCACAUGCCCAUGCACACCAGUACAGAAUGUACUAGCAGAGAGGAGGAAUCGACAUCUUCUAGAGGUAGCCCGGAUCAUGAUGAUGACAUUGAACGUCCCACAAUACUUAUGGGGGAAAACAAUGAAAACAAUAUUGACAGCUGCUCAAUUGAUUAAUAGGAUGCUCUCAAGAGUGCUCGAGUGGAAGUUUUUUUAUCAGAUGUUGAAUGGAGACAAUAGUGGGAUCCUUUCAUUGAAGGUAUUUGGAUGUGUGCUUUGUGAAAGACAUGUCAUUUGUAGGGAAGUUAGAUCGCAGAGUUGUGAAAUGUGUGUGCGUGGGUUAUUUUGUUACUCAGAAGGGUUGUCUGCUGGAAUCCGAUUAAGAAGAGAU